AUGGACGACACAAAGAACACCAAUGUUCUCAAGAAACCGAAAGCACCGAAACAACCACGGCCACCUCUGACGCUCAGGGACAUGGGUGAAGUGCCGGCUUUAAUGAACACUGGCGACCCUCGAUCUGGGAAGCGUGUGCGCCUAACAGUUCUCGCCUUCCCUUUUCCUCCAGAGAGACAAGACGAGUGGGCGGACCGACACAAAUUCGCGCUUGACAUGAACCAGGAUAACCGCCAAUUCCAGACCAUCAUGGAAGUCCGAAGCCGACUACCCAGGACGUGUCGACUUGGCCUCGUGCCCUACAACGGCAAGCGCAAUAUCGGAUGCACCGCUAUCAUCGUCACGUCGAAUGCAACGCUGGUGGAGUUGGAGCGGGGCACGGAUCUGGAGCUUAUACGGGCAGUGCAGAAGCCACUCCGCCCCUUCCUCAUCCCUUCACUUUACCGCCUCAUGUCGUGGAACUCUAUGCUAAACCCUCCGCUUUUUCGAUCCGUCAAAGAUUGCUCGGGCCUUUGGUGCAUGAGUUCAUCGAGAUCACUUGCUGAUAACAAUCACGACGACCUUUCCUCCCUCCAAAAGGGGUGUGAGAGGUUCAACUUGUUCUUGAAGGAGGUUUGGGGACCUGGAAGCGAGGCGUUUGGGAGGAUUUAUGACUUUGGGAUUUAUUGGUACUCCGUUGCAGGGUACAUCCUCCAUGGCGCCUCCACCACCGCCGACUUCUCAACCACCGAGGAGACAUGCUAUAAGGACCCCUUUUCCUGCUUUACCACCCCCUACCACUUCUUCAUCAACCACGACAACAUCCCGCAGAGCGCGCACGCCAAGCAUAGAAAGCAAAUACACCCACCCGCCAUCAAAACGAUCCUGCGGGAAUGGAGAACCGGGGAUGUCUUAUUCCGACUUGGUAAGUACCACACCUUGAUUUCAAUGAGCGCACUUCUCUUACGUCCUCCUCCCUCGGCUCAGCAUAUCCAUCUGGAGCAGCAUGGAUACCCGCCCCCUACCGCGUCCGCUCCUAGAAUCAGCAUGUCCCCCGGCCAUCACCACAAACCGCACCCACACACCCUCCCUUCGUCACAUUCACAUCUCCAUUGCCAUCAACAACACCAUCCUCAUCAUGCACAUUCGCAUAGACCCCAUUCAAGGUCUUCAAGUCGCUCUAGCAGCGCUUCGUUGGACGUUGAUGAGAUGCUCCUUGAAGCCACUACAGCCGACGCCAUCAACGGCAUCGCUGCGAAUCAACAAUCACAACAACCACCGCAUAUAGCGAGUCUUCCUUUACCAACUACAACCAAAUCUCAAAAUGGGUCCCCGCAUCUGUGGAGCCACCACUCACGAAGACACGCCGAGGAGGGCAGUGGGCGCGUACACGUUUAUCAAGGUCAACAAGCACAAGAAGUUGCUGGGUAUGCAUAUCCGGCUAAUCAGUAUAUACCGAGGAAGGACGUGGGAUUGCAGCAACAGUCAGGAACGCAACCUGGUCCACUUGUUCAGCCGGGUCAGGUUCAGCAGUAUCAGACUCAUGUCUUUGCUCUGGUCGUUAUGGGUGCACCCAUGAAGAAGCCAAAGUAUUCGGUUAGUGGGAGUAGUAUUGGCGGUGGGGGGAGUGUGUGUGCGCUGACUGCGAGGCCUGGAGGAAUAGUAGGAGGCCCAAUUGACGCACCAAUCGUCGAUCCGCCCGCCCAAGUCUUUCCAGCCACAAACGCCCAAGGCCAUAGGAUCAGUCGACAAUGCGGUCUCCCAGGACGGUAUAAAGACAACAAAUGCGUUGAAAAAUGGGGCCCUGGGCCGAUGGGUCCUGGGACUGUUUGCGAUCGGUGUAGGAAGAAAAUGAAACACGUCGAGAGGCGAGGAACCCUGGAGACGCAACAACAAAUGGCGGUCAUGCGCCAGCAGCAGCCUUCGCGAGGGGGGUCGAUGUCACAACUUCCGCUCUCUCAAGGCUCGGAUCGAUCGAUACAUAGGAUGGAUACGGUUCUCACACAUCAUGGAAGUUUCUCGCAGCCCUCGCAAUCCCAAUCGCAGAUUCUGGGGAGGGAGCCGUCGCAAGCCCAGCCGCACGCGCAAACACAGGCUCCAGUGCGUUCAUCGUACUUGAACGACGAUUACACAACUGUGUUUGAGGAGGACGAAGGGGAGGAGGAGGAUGCUGAACAUGAACGUGAACAAAAGCAUGAGGGGGAGGAUGGCGAUUCGGAGCAGUUGCCGCUUUUGAAUGUUGGGAGGAGGAGUCGGGCGGGUGUGAAGAAAAACGGUGCUACUGCCGCUGGAGGGAAGAGCAGCACUGGUGGGAGGAACACGCCUGCGGGCGGGGGAGGAGCACGCCCGCGCGUGGUGGAGGGAGAAGUACCCCUGUCGUAG